CAAGAGGCACGGCACGGGCACCUUCACGUUCCCGAACGGCGCCAAGUACGAAGGGCAAUGGUCGACCGACCGGCGGCACGGCCUCGGCAAGUGCGUGUACACGGACUCCGGCUCGUACGAAGGGGAGUGGGAGGACGACAAGAUGCACGGCAGGGGCUUGUAUUGCUACCCGAGCGGCGCCUUGUACGACGGCGAGUGGGCGGACGACAUGAAGCACGGCAUGGGCAGGUACGACUACCCAGACGGCGCCUCGUAUCACGGGGAGUGGGUGGACGACAAGAAGCACGGGAACGGCUCGUGCACCUACACCGACGGCGGCUCGUACGACGGGCAGUGGGCGAAGGGCAGGAUGCACGGCCAAGGCACGUACAAGUACCCAGACGGCACCUCGUACUGCGGUACGUUUGCGGAGGACAAGAAGCACGGCCAGGGCACGUACACAUACCUGGACGGCGCCUCUUACGACGGGGAGUGGGCGAGAGGAUGGAAGCACGGCCGGGGCAAGUGGACGCACGGGAAUGGCGCCUCGUACGAGGGGGAGUGGGCGGACGACCAGAAGCACGGCCAAGGUCUAGACUGCAGCCCCGACGGCAGCUCGUACGACGGGCGGUGGGACCACGGCAGCGUUCACGGCCAGGGCAAGCACGCCUCUCAGCUGCCCCGAUACGCCCCUGCUAAAAACGCAGCACGCACCGUGUUCAGAACGUCCGUGCUCACCUGCUGCGUGUUGGCUCGGCACGUGUUGGUCCACGUUGUGGCGCCCGCGUCGCGUCAGAUGUGCGGCUUCAGUCUACGUGUUGAGGUCCUUGUCCACCCGCUGCGUGCUGCGUGUUGCGUACUCGGGGCAGCCGAGGUACGCUUACCCGAGAGGCGGCAAGUACGACGGGGAAAUGGUGAAGGGCCAAAGGCACGGCCACGGCAAGUACAUCUUCCCAGACGGCGCCAGCUACGAGGGGGAGCCCCGGCAGAGGGAAGGCAAUCGCCACCACCAGGCAUCCACAGGUCCACCUCGUGCCAGCCCCUGGUCCUUGGCAUCGCUGGGCCGUGCGCAUGCUUCUCCUCGGCGGGGAGCAUCGAGGAACAUCUCGGAUCGUCGUGCGGACAAAUGAGCGCACGAAGCCGAAGCAUGCACGGGGGGACCCACGCCCGAGCCAUGGCGAGGGCCCCGACGGCCUUCUGGACACGCUAAGGGGCCUGGGCCCAGAGUGGACUCUCUGUGGCUCGAAGAAGAGCCCAGAGCGCAUAAGCAUCAGCUUUCGGAGCUCCGCGCGGAUCUCCGGGACUGGCGCUGGACACGCCCUUCCCAGGCGCGAGGGGGCGCGCCAUGGGCGGCGCCGCAGGUGCCGCCUGGGGCACCCGGCGCCGAUCCGAGGAAGCAGCGCGGGCCACCGGGAGCUGCUGCUUCUGCAGCGCUCUGCCCUCCCGGAGGAGGGGCCUGGCGGGGGUGGUGAGCGCCUCCGCCUCUCCCCCAGGAGUGGGCGGAAGACAUGAGGCACGGCCUGGACCUCCUCCACCAAACCCAGGAGGGGAGAAACGCACAGACACAGUUCAUCGUCGAUCCCCGGGGAGGAGGAGGAGGAGGAGUUGUGUGUCCCAGGGCCCCUUCACAAGCGUCCGCCCGGGGGUCGGCCCCCUGGCCCCCUCCAGGGGCCUGCCGUGCCGCGAUCGGCGGGCAGCGGGAGGCCGCGUGCGCGCGGCAGCCAGCAUUUGUGGGAGCCAUGCGGUGAUUUGCGCGUCUGCGCGCGCCCACGCGCAGAUACGCACGUGUGUGUGUGUAUGCAUGCGUGCAUCUAUGUGUGUAUAUGUGUACGUCUGU